AACUACCUCUUGUCAGAGUGUUAAACAGUAGCUUUACCCUUUAAAUUGGUCGAGUGUGUAGACCACUUCUUGAGCUCCACGUCCUCUUCUGAACAGCUGUACAAUUUAAUAGCAGACAUGUUGCCUUGAGGCCAACUGGCUGCUCUUGUAAUCCUCAUUCUUCAGAGAUGGAUCAUCAUAGCCACAGGGAUGACUCAUGCGCCGGGCUGAGUUUAAAACUGCUGGAGCGCUCAGAGAAUAAAAAGUCUGUUGUGGGACUCCGCUGAGCACUUCUCAGGCUCUGAGCAUUAGCCCUGGAAAUUUGGGACAGAAACUCUAGAUGUUAAACUUGAAUAUGGACUACACGGGGCUGCUGCUGCUGGUGCUCAACCUCAGUGGAGCAAUUUGUGCAGUGGUGCAAUGGACAGAAUUAAAUGAAGCAAAGGCCUAUUUGAGGCAGUAUGGCUACCUGAAUGACCCCGCUGAUCCACAGGACCCUCAUUACCUGGAGGAGAUCAUUGAAGCUCUCAGGGUUUUCCAGAGGGUGAAUGAUCUGCCACCUACUGGAGAAUUGGAUGAAGCAACUCUGGAUGUGAUGAGACAGCCGCGCUGUGGCGUGGAGGACCCCUUCAACAAGAAAUAUCACAAAUACAGAGUGAUCGGUAAAUGGAGAAAGAGGAGUCUGACCUACCGCAUCUACAACUACACACCUGACAUGAAGAAGACAAAUGUCGAGAUUGCCAUCCGCUCUGCCUUCAAGUACUGGAGUGAUGUGGCUGCUUUGACCUUCAGAGAGGUCCGCUACGGCACAGCAGACAUAAAGAUCUCCUUCCAUAAGAAAAAGGGCUACUGCUCUGUCCCAUUUGAUGGCCGUGGUCAUGUACUGGCCCACGCUGAGUCACCAGAAUCUGGUAUUGUCCACUUUGACGAGGAUGAGUUCUGGACUGAGGGAACAUAUUAUGGUAUUAAUCUGCGUAUUGUAGCUGCCCAUGAAAUCGGCCACGCCCUCGGCCUGGGUCACUCUCAGUUCAGAAGUGCUCUGAUGGCUCCAGUCUACUCUGGUUACCGUGCCAACUUCAGGUUGCAUACAGAUGAUAUCAAAGGCAUCCAGGCGUUAUACGGCAAACGCAUCACCGGCACUUUAGCCAGUCCAACAUUUCCAGACAGUCUAUUUCCCACAGAAAGCAGCCAUGAUACUGAGAACAUCCCUGACCCCUGCACCGCCACACUGGAUGCCAUCAUGUUAGGUCCAUGGAGGAAAACCUUUGCUUUCAGUGGUGAUUACGUGUGGACGAUCACUGACCUGGGACACAACACACCAAUGAAGAUUGACAGGCUGUGGAGACAACUCCCUGGAAACCUAACUGCUGCUGUGCACUCUCAAAGAACCAACAAGACAUACUUUUUUAAAGACAAUCAAGUGUGGAGGUAUACCAUGUUCAUGCUGGACUACGGCUACCCCAAACAGGUGAAACGGAUCCCUCCUAAUAUUGAUGCAGCCUUGUACCUGGAGAAGAACAAGAAGCUGGUCUUUAUCAAGGGUUCAGAGCACUGGCAGUGGGAUGAGCUGAAGUACACCAACUUAUCUCUCUACCCCAAACCGCUCUCUAUGCUCUUCACCGGAGUCCCGUCCAGUCCGGAUGCUGCCUUCACCUGGACCAACGGCAAGAUCUUCUUCUUUAAGGGAGAUGAGUACUGGCGUGUGAAUAAGCUGCUGAGAGUCGACAGAGGAUACCCACUGAGCAAGCAGGAGCGCUGGAUGCGAUGCUAGGGGUCGACCAUCAGGGGGCAGCAAGUACCGAGAGGUUUACAGCAGGGGUGCUGGUUCCACUCCAGGGGCAUUGACAACCACGCAACCUCAACAGCAGAGAUUGAUUGUGAUUUGCCAUCUCCCAUGUUAUAAAAAAAAACUAGUGUGGGUAUUGAUUUUUAUUUCACUGGAUCUGACAACCAAGCAGACUUUUUGAGCACAAAUGUAUGUUCUUGUGACUGUGAUAAUUAUGUAAGCUUUUGCAUGAUCUCAGGGAGAAAUCAAGGGAGGCCUCUUUUUUUCUUGCUAACAUAUGUGUUGGAUUAUGCGAUUUAAUACUUUCAGUGAGAUGUAACAUGAUGAUGUGAGUGUGCGCUUUCUGUUCAGACAUUUUGUUUAACCAAUCAUCUUUUAAAGUAUGUUCAGUGCUCUCAAAUGUUACUUAACACUUCCAUUAUCACAUGAAUCACACUGGUCUGUCAGAUUUUGGUCUGUUACAACAUUUUCUACAAUUAAACAAACAUAAUGUCAGCAGUAAAA